CUCCUAACGUGCCGAACGUGGAUGGAAUUUAUGAGUUUAAUUUGAGACUAUUAAAAUACUAUUUAGCACCGCGAACAUGGCAUCGCGGUGCUUCGCCACUUGUGUUCUCCGUCAGCGGGCGGUUGUGGUGAAGCCGACCCGCAGGGCAAUGAGUGCAGCUGCCCAUCUGCAGCCCCAGGCAGAUUUCCUGAAAGGAGAAAAACACAGGAAGCACCCUGGUGUGACCAACCUGAAAGCUCUGCGACUACCCGAGGAGCUCCAGGUGGCUGCGCAGUCGAUUAUUCACAGAGCUCAGGUCACUCGGCUCCCCGAGCGUACUCACAAACUCACAAACGUCCUGUGGAGCCGGAAACGAGCAGUCGAGGAUUUACCGCUCAGGCAGAAAGCUAUGAGUCUGGAGAAGCAGCUCUGGGAGGAAGCCAUGCAGAAGGAUGGAGAUAUUGAUGAGGAGGCGGUGGAAGACCGCAUCAGGAGGAAGGUUUUCUCAGAGCUCAGAAGAACGACAUAUCGCUGGAGUCCCCUGAAGUUUGAUGAAGAGUUAGGUGUGGUGUACAUGGCGGCUCGGCUGGCUGGAGGCUACGCAGCCGUGAGGAGAGCUCUGAAUGAGAUAAAGAAGAGAGAUCCUUCGUUUGCCCCUCAGUCUCUCCUGGAUUUUGGUUCAGGCCUGGGAACCGUUGCUUGGGCGUCCCACUCGUGCUGGGGCGACUCUUUGAAGGAAAUGGUGUGUGUGGACAGCUCUGGGCCAAUGAACAUUUUGGCUGAACGACUUCUCAAAGGUGAUGAUGAAAGAGCCGAACCUCACUUCAAGCAAGUCUAUUUCAGACAGUUUCUCCCUGUCUCUCCUAAGGUGCAGUUUGACUUGGUAGUCGCAGCUUUCACCCUGUCUGAGCUUCCUAAUGGGAAAGAUCGAGAAGACGCAGCAUUCACACUGUGGAGAAAGACGAGCUCGUAUCUGGUGCUGGUGGAAAACGGGACCAAAGAAGGCCACCAGACGCUUAUGGAGGCCAGAGACACUUUAUUAAAUAAAGAAGAGAAGACUAUCCACGACUUCAGACCUGCGUCAGUUUUUGCGCCGUGCUCUCAUGAACUCAUGUGUCCUAAACUGGCCCGAGAGCCCAUCACACCCUGCAACUUCCAGCAGAUGUACCAUCCUCUGUCUCUGCCUGGGAUAAAGAACAGCAAUCAUAGCAUGGAGAAGUUCAGCUACCUGAUUCUGAGUCGGACGGAACCAGUGGAAGCAGAAGGAGUGACCUGGGCGAGGCUGACCGCUCCGGUGCUGCGCAGAUCCAGACAUGUUCACUGUCACAUGUGCUGCCCCGACGGACAACUGCAACACAAGGUGGUGACGGCACGAAAGCACAGCAGAGACGUGUACCGCUGCGCUCGGAGCAGCGACUGGGGAGAUCAAGUGCCCAUCAUUCCGACAGUCGAAGAAGACGUCACCAGUGAUUCAGAGGGAUGAUUCAGCCAUUAUGAUACAAUCUCUGGACUUUAGAAACAGCGGAAACACCCUGAAGCUGCUGGUUACACAUAACAUCUACAUUUCCUCACUGUAGCUGUUAAAAUACUGACUCAUAUAUAUGUGAAGCUGCUGUCAUAGCUGUACUUCACCCAUCUUUAUUGUGUCCCACCUUCAAUAAAAGGCUGUUUAUUCUUUCAUAAGCAC